AUGGUUAUGUCUCGACUAAUCUUCCUCAACCUCCCACCGUCGCUCACGCCCGACGGCUUCAAGGCCAAGCUCACCGAGCCCAAGUCGCUCAAGUCGGCCCUCGUGACCGACACCAAGCUCGUGCCCAAGCGCCGCUUCGCGUUCGUCGGCUACAGCACCGAAGACGAGGCAAAGGCUGCCAAGGAGUGGUUUGACGGCAGCUUUGUGUUUGGCGGCGGCAAGGUCAAGGUCGACUUUGUGCGCGAUGAGGUAGGUUGUGAAAGUCACGCGAAGGCUGACAACCGACAGCCUCUGGCACCCAAACCCGCCAAGCGGGCCAAGAUUUCCAAGGAGACAGAAGAGGAGGAGCAGGAUACACCCCAGCCCAAGGCCGGACCCUCGAAGCGGCUAAAGGAGUUCAUGGACGUGAUGAAGGGUGUUGACCCAACCGCCGUGGACCACUCGGCGGCGGCGGUUCCAGGCGAGGCUGGCUGGGUCGCCGAGGGCACCAAGGCUGCCAAGGCCAAGGCCAGCAGCAAGGGCAAGGAGAGGGCAACGCCUGAGGCCGAGUCUGGAGAUGAGGCCGGCGAGGGCGACGAGGACGACGAUGACGCGGCAUGGCUCGCUCGCCGCCAGAAGGCGAUCGCUGGAGACGACGGCGACGAGCCAGCAGCACCGAAGGUCGACCCCGAGGACGCCCUUAUCCUCUCCACAGGACGCCUGUUCGUCCGCAACCUCGCAUUCAUCGCAACGGCCGAGGGCCUCCAGGCUCACUUUGAGCGAUUCGGGCCCGUGGUCGAUGUCCACAUGCCAGUCUCGCAGCAGACUGGCGAGCCUCUCGGCACUGCGUUCAUCCUCUUCCGGGAAGCCGAGGACGCGCUCUCGGCCCGUCGCACCCUCGACAAGACGACCUUCCAGGGCCGACUGCUCCACGUUCUCCCUGGCCGUGCUCGCCCUGGUCAGCAGGCCGCUGCCGCCGCCAAUGCCGACGCUGUGACCAACGGCAAGGUCCUCGGCAAGGCUGCCCUGGCGCGCGGAGAGGUCAAGAACACUGUGGACGAGAAGCGGAAAGCGGACAGCGCCAAGGGUGUCAACUGGGCGAGCAUGUACAUGAACAGCGACGCCGUCGCGGCAUCAGUCGCCGACCGCAUGGGUGUGUCCAAGGCCGACCUUUUGAGCGGCAACGAUGCCGACGACGUCAGCCCGGCCGUCAAGCUGGCCCUUGCCGAGACGCAAGUGAUCGCCGAGACCAAGGAGUACUUUGAGAAGGAGGGCAUUGUGGUCGAGUCGCUGCAGCCCAAGGUUCCCCGAUCGCAGACCACCAUUCUGGUCAAGAACAUUCCCUACGGCACCACUAUCCAGGCGCUUCAGGACCUCUUCGCUCCUCACGGUGACCUCAAGCGCGUGCUUCUCCCUCCUGCUGGCACCCUUGGUGUGAUCGAGUUUGCCAACGCAAUGGACGCCGGACGCGCCUUCCGCGCACUGGCGUACCGCCGCCUCGGCAACGCCGUCAUCUACCUCGAGAAGGGACCUGUGGGCAUGUUCAAGAACCCCGACACGAUCUCGACGCCAGCCGAGAAGGAGGCACAGGAGCGCGCUCGCUUGGCCGAGAAGGUCGCCGAGGCCGAGGAGGCGCUCCGCGACCAGCCUGCCGAGUCGGACGAGGCUGGUGCGACCCUCUUCCUCAAGAACCUCGCCUGGGCUACGACGACCGAGCGCCUCUCCUCUGUGCUCUCCUCCCUUCCUGGCUUCUCGUUUGCCCGUGUUCAGACCAAGCCUGACCCCAAGAAGCCUGGCGCUCGCCUCUCGAUGGGUUACGGUUUCGUCGGCUUCCAGACCAAGAAGGAUGCCAAGAAGGCUCUUGGCGGUCUGCAGGGCUUCGAGGUCGAUGGACACGCCCUGGACGUCAAGUUUGCUCAGCGCGGCGCCGACGAGGUGGAGCGCGAGUCCAAGACCAAGGGCAGCAGCAGCGAGAUGGCCGGCAAGACCAAGGGCACCAAGGUGCUGGUCAAGAACUUGCCAUUCGAGGCGACCAAGAAGGACGUCCGUGCCCUGUUCAGCGUGUACGGUACGCUCAAGUCGCUCCGUCUGCCCAAGAAGGCCACUCUGUCUGCCACUGGCUCGUCAUCCUCCCGUGGUUUCGCCUUCCUCGAGUUUACGACGCACGCCGAGGCGCAGCGAGCCAUGGACGCCCUCAAGCACACACAUUUGCUGGGCCGCCACCUCGUGUGUCAGUGGGCCAACGACGCCGACUCGGUCGAUGUCGACGCUCUCCGCGAAAAGGUCAGCCGGGACGCCCGUCUCGGCGACGUUGGCGGACGCAAGCGCAAGCUCGACCUCACCGGCAAGGGCGAUGUGGACGAGAACGACGGUCUCGAAGUGUAGACGUGUACCAUUAGUUGGUGUAGGAUCAAUCAUCAUUACUUUUG